AUGGCAUCCGCAACCUCUCUGUCCAAGCUCCCCGUCCCAUUGCGGGAUCUCGUCGCGAAUGCUGCUGUGGACGGCAGCAGUGACUUUGGCAAGUCGGAGAAGGAGAAGGCGGAGGUAACGGGGUGGAUCGAGAAGAUCGCGGAGGGCGAGGUCGCAAAGCCGCAGAACUUGAAGGAUCUAGACGGCCAGCUGACGCCCCGAACGUACCUAGUCAGCAACUACUACACCGCCGCCGAUGCUGCACUGUAUGGUGCUCUUCACCCUGCCUUCUCCCAGUUCCAAGCCCCACAAUACUACUCGUAUCCUUCCCUCACACGCUACUUCAACCACAUUCAAAAUCGGCCACAAGUACGAAAAGCGGCAUCAUCACUCGCACCCGCAUUCUCUCUCGUGGCGUUUGACCUAGAGAACGCACCAAAACCCGAGCGCAAGGCCGAUCCCCCGAAGCAGAAGAAGGAGAAGGCAGCCGUUCCCGCUGACGCCUCCUCCGCACCUGCGGCUAAGGGCAAGAAGGGCAAGGAGGUGGCUGCAGCAGAGGUAGCGCCUGCCGACACUGCUGCUGCGGAGGCUAAGCCGUCGAAGAAGGAGAAGAAGGAGAAAGAGAAGAAACCUGCUGAGGGCCCUGAGGGCGGCAAGAAGAAAGAGAAAGCUGCGGGUGGUGGCGGGAAGGCUGCAGCAGAAGACGCAGGAGAGCCUGUGCCGUCUAUGGUUGACCUGCGUGUGGGUCAUAUCGUUGACAUCAAGAAACAUCCGGAUGCAGAUGGCCUCUAUGUAGAGCAAAUCGACUUCGGAGAGCCUGACGGUCCAAGGACAGUGGUGUCGGGCCUGGUGCACUACAUUCCUAUCGAGCAGAUGCAGGACAAAUACCUUGUUGGAGUCUGCAACCUAAAGCCUGCGAACAUGCGUGGCGUCAAGAGUUUCGCCAUGGUGCUCUGUGCCACGUCGAAAGAAGGCAAGGAGGGCGGAAUCGAGCUCAUCCAGCCACCAGCAAACUCUAAGCCCGGCGAUCGCAUCUACUUUGAGGGACCCGAGUUUGAGAACGCGACACCUCUCUCGCAGUUGAACCCUAAGAAAAAGAUCUUCGAAACCGUUCAGCCUGGUUUCAUUACGUUGGAGUCGAAGGAAGCUGCUUGGGUGAACCCUGCUACGAAGAGCGUCCACCGCAUCCGGACGAAGGAUGGUGUUUGCGUUGCACCUACACUAGUCGGAGCAUCCUUGUCAUAG